AUGGGGAUGGGACCAAGCGAUGUGUUUCAUAUUGAUGGUAAUAAUAAACUAAAUGUCGGCGCAGCAAUUCUUGAAGAACAAUUGGGUUUCCCUAAAGAAGGAAUUAUUGUCCAAGAUUUCAAUAUUGCCGUGACUGAACGUAUCAUUGUAAAAACUCAUUGUUCAGUCUUGCGAAAUCAGCAUUUUUGUGACUUACUCGAUUGCUAUUGUCAGACGGCCGCCCUGAAGGAAAAGCAGACACCUGAGCUGUUAGGCGAAAACUUAAAAAAUGUAACUUUUUUUACACUGCGUGUACAAAGACUUCAACAGUGCGCCCUGUACAACAAAAACAAUGCACGCAGUUUUCUAGCUAGAGUCAUUGAAACUAACCCAAAACCCAAUGGAUUACCGACUACGUUGGUCAAGAACUGGUAUAACUUAUUAAACCAAACAAUCCCACAUAAAAAAGAGAGAAAGCGAAACAGAAAGUUUCUUUUUGAGAGUGGAUUAAUAAGUUUGUUCGCAACUUGGGAGCGAUUUUGCAUUAAAGAUCAAAAGUGGGGAAAUCGAAGAUUGCACUUUUGUAAACUCACCUAUCAAGUUGAAAGUCAGUUAUGUCGUUUAUCAAAACAGGAGAAGGGUAAAAUGAUGUUUGAAUUUGAGAAUAUUACUUUGGAAGUUGAUAGUAUGGAUUUAGAUCUGGAUCAGAUCAAUACCAGUUUAUUUGCCGAAAUAGACAGCAAUUUGUUAAAUGAAAUUGCUGAAGAUCUGUUCGUUUCUGAAACAUAUCAUGAUGAUAUUCUAGAAAUUCAAAGAACAUUGAGUUUAGAAUUUGAACAUGACGAUGCUCUGCAAAUGGAGGAAGAAGUCCAAGAUGAAGAUUCAGUUUCUUCCCCUCUUGACAUUCAGCGUCCUAACUUUCCCUUCUUAAGGCAAGACAAAGAUGGGGAUACAAUUCUUCACAUAGCAAUAGCUAGAGAGGACGAACAUACUGUUUCUUGCAUCCACAAUGCACCGGCAGGAGAGAAUGGUAUUGACAUGAUCAAUCAUUCUGGACAGACAGCACUUCAUCUUGCUAUGUUCACUAAAAAUAUCAACUGUGUUGAAGCCCUUCUCCAACGCAGUGCGAACAUCGGUAUAUUUGACGCAAAUGGAAACACUGCGUUACAUCUUGCUUGCAUGACGAACAGCGUUGAAAUUGUGGAUUGUUUCUUUCGAAAUCGAGCAAUUUUUCCGUUAAUGUAUAAAGCAGUGAUUGACGCUGUCAACAAUAAAGGACUCACAGCCUUACAUAUUGCUGCUAACAACAAAAACAGAGGAAUUCUGGACAUGUUGUUACAAAAUGGUGCGAAUGUCAACGCACAGGAUGGUCAUUCUGGUAAAACUAUUCUCAUCUCGGCUCUCGAGAGCGCACUUGGGCAAAUCAAAAGUGUAGAACAGAGAGCAAUAAGUUUUGCAACAGAGAUCGUACAGGAUUUUGGCGCAGACGUAAACAUUACGUCACACGCACUCUAUUCUCCUCUGCAUUACGCAUGCUUGUUAAACUCGAAAGAGAUGGUGAAUCUUUUGUUAGAACAUGAUCCGAAUGUAGGAGAAAAAACUUUUGAUCGGAAGACAGAAAAAGAUUUAACAACAGAUGAUGUCAUAAAGAAAAUUUUAGAUCGACGAUUACGAAAGAAAAGAAAGUUACGGUUGAGUGAAUCUUCAACGACAUGACUGGACACUGAUGCAAUAAAGUUAAUACCAAAACGUAAAUUUUUAUUAUUUAAAGUAAUAUAUUGUUUUGUUUAGUUGCGCUGUUUCUUCACAGUUAUAAGCAAAUUCGCUCGUUUUGACCGAUUGAUCGAUCCAUCUCUUUAAAAAGUUAAAGCUCUGGUUAGGCUUAAAAAGUAUGCUUCUCAUACACAUACAAUAAGUGCCGAUAUGCUGAAUGUAAAUCUGUUUUAGCAUCCUAAAAUGUUUUUUGUGUAAUAAAGAAUGUAUUGUAUAUUUUGUAAAUAUGUAGCUGUUGUAUAUUUAUUAAUAGAUUUUUUUUUAUUAUUAUUUAAUGUUUAUUUAUGUUUAAAUAAAAGUAUAUUUUCGUUAGAUGAAAAUGUUGGCAAACCUCAUGAAUUAAACUAUGCCUGAAACAAGAAAACAAUAGUUUAUUCGAACGAAUACAUAUUCCCUUAGUUGUGUAAGGUUUACUUAAAUUUUAUAAUAUAAGUUUUUGUAUAUUUUUUUACAAGAAUAGAUUCCUUAAAAUGUCGUUUUU